AUACUAUAUAGGCGAUCAGAUGGUCGUUCAUUUAAAGAUGGCCUCGAGGGCAGCGGGUAGGACCGCGUUGCGGUAUUUUCUGGGAACAUGCGUACCUUCGUCGAAGCAGAACGCCGCCAAAGUGAGGGUACCGCGAUUGCAAUUCAAUGAUUAUCUUCACAUGUACUUCAGGGAGAACACAUUCGUUUAUGCCAACGAUCCGAAGAAGGUGUGCAAAAUUGGCGAUGUGAUUUUAAUAAAGACAUUACCAGAGAAGUUAACGCGUCUGAUCACGCAUGAGGUUGUCGAAGUGAUAUAUCCGUUAGGUGAUAUAAUAGACCCGAUCACAGGAAAGGGGGUUGUCGCAAAUAAAUAUAGGGAUGAAAUAGAGGAAUUGAACGAAUUAUAUGGCAAAGAAAACUCGGCCUUUGAUUACUCGAAAGCACCGCGGAGAGGAAGACUGGAAGGUAUUCGAGACUUCACGCAUAAGAAGGCAUAUCUGAAAUACUAUGAAAAUCCUGAUGAUCCACAACCAGACACCGUUCCAUCAGUUGAUUAAUAAAAUACUGUACAUGGAAAUCUGAUAAUUAAAUUAUAAAUAUUCAACAGAAAAAAUGUA